GUGCCCUGCUUAGUGGACACAGGAUCAAUGGUAUCUACCAUUACUGAAAGCUGUUUCCAAACUCAUUUCCAAUCAUGGGGCGUAGACCGUUUAAAGUCGUGCCAUUGGCUCCAACUUCGUGCAGCCAAUGGCUUGUCAAUUCCCUAUAUCGGCUACAUGGAAUUGGAUAUUGAGAUGUGUAACCGUUUGAUUUCUAAGUGCGGGGUCUUGGUGGUCAAGGAUCCUCCUGGGGGCAUCUGUACUCAAGUUCCUGGAGUACUGGGAAUGAAUGUCCUUAGUCGAUGCUACCAGGAGCUCUUUGGACAGUAUGGCCCUGGCUUAUUUGAUUCUCCCUCUUCCGUGGAGGCCCCAAAAUUUGUCUUACAGGCGUUACAACAUUGCCAUCUAGUGGGAGACCAGUCUUCUGUGGUGCGUACUGGUAGGGCUAAAUUGCGGGGUCGCAAGUCGUGUCGCAUUCCAGGUGGCAUGCUGAAGCUAGUGCCUGCCACAUGUUCUGAACAAUAUGCGGAUGGAACAGUGUUGUUUGAGCCUCCAGUGUCUGGAUUGCCAGCUGGCCUGCUAGCCUCACCUGCGCUGGUUAGAGUGGUCCGGGGUACAGUUUAUUUGCCCAUGGUUAAUGUGGGGACCGCAGAUGUAAUGUUGUACGCAGGUGCGACGUUGGGAACACUUAAUAGUGUUCAAGUGGUAAGUCUGCCAGCUGGGAUAACUGAGGUAGAGCCAAUGAGGGUCUUAAUGCAUUCUCAGAUUGCGGAGACAGUUGCACCAGUUCAAGAACAGAUUGAUGCAGUUGAUCUUUCAGUCCUGUCUCAGGGAGAGCAGGGUGAGGUCAGGGCAUUGCUGAAGCGAUAUCAAUCUGUGUUCUCAGCUCAUGACGGUGAUCUGGGUUGCACAGAUUUGAUUUCGCAUGAGAUACCACUGCUGGAUACUGUGCCCGUUCGUCAGAGGUAUAGGCGGAUUCCGCCAUCAGAAUAUGAGGUCGUGAAAUCUCAUAUUAACCAGCUAUUAGAAACCAACGUGAUCCGAGAAAGCUGUAGCCCGUAUGCGUCACCCAUUGUGCUGGUUAGGAAAAAGGACGGUAGUUUACGCAUGUGCGUUGACUACCGUCAGCUAAAUGCGAAAACAAGAAAGGAUGCUUUUCCCCUCCCGCGCAUUGAGGAGUCGCUAGAUUUCUUGACGGGGGCUGGAUGGUUUUCCACCAUGGAUUUGGCUAGUGGCUAUAACCAGGUCCCCGUCAAUGAAAAAGAUAGACCGAAGACCGCAUUUUGUACACCAUUUGGCCUAUUUGAAUUUAACCGUAUGCCCUUUGGGCUCUGUAAUGCUCCAAGCACCUUUCAACGUUUGAUGGAACGGAUGUUUGGAGACCAACAGGGUAGCUCGUUACUGUUGUACCUAGACGAUAUUGUAGUAUUCUCCUCUUCUGUUUCGCAACAUCUGGAGCGUUUAGAGGUUGUGCUGGGUCGCUUGGAGCGUGAGGGUUUAAAGGCCAAAUUGACAAAAUGCGCGUUCUUCCAGAAAGAGGUCAAGUAUCUUGGUCACGUGAUUUCGGCUCAGGGCGUAUCCACAGAUCCCAGCAAGAUAGAGGCGGUGUCACAGUGGCGGUGUCCUACCGGGGCAUCAGAACUGCGCUCAUUCUUGGGGUUUGCCAGUUAUUACCGUCGUUUCGUCCAGGGCUUCGCGAAACUGGCAGCCCCCCUGCACCGUGUGGUGGCUGAGUGUACUGCUGGCAGGCCCCGGGUACGGGCAGGUAAGAGCUUUGCUGAUGCCUGGUCGGAACAGUGCCAACAGAGCUUCGACGAAUUAAAGGUGAGGCUUACAACGGCACCGGUGUUGGCCUACGCAGAUUUCUCCCUACCUUUUAUCCUGGAGGUGGACGCUAGUUAUGGUGGUUUGGGAGCAGUCCUCUCUCAGGAGCAGAAUGGGAGAGUAAGACCUAUUGCGUAUGCCAGCCGCAGUCUUAGGCCCACUGAGCGCAACAUGGCUAACUAUAGCUCCAUGAAGUUGGAGUUUUUGGCGCUCAAGUGGGCCAUGACUGUCAGGGUGAGUUGA